GCCUCUGCUCCUGGUCAGCCCACCCAUCCCCUCCUUCACUCGAUUGAUUCUAAAAAGAAAGGAGCCUCUCACCAUGGGUCACUCUCACUAGGGCACUCAACCUCGAGACAUGAUCUGACCCUCUCUCUCUCUGUCUCCGUCUCUGCCCUCCAGCUGAAACAAAAGACAGGCACAUAGAUCCACAGACAGUGUGGAAGAAGACCAGAGGAGGCAAGAGAAAAACGCUGACGGGGGAUCAUCUCUUUCUCUUUCUCUUUCUCUGCAUCUCUUCUGUUGGACAGCAUCUGUUUUUUGAUCCGCACACAACAUGGAGAGCCCCACCGUCCGCCUGCCCCAGGGCUUCACCUUCAUGGGCCAGGAGAAGCAGGACAUGCUGGACCUGAACCGCCGGCUGGAGACCUACCUGGGCCGCGUCAAGUUCCUGGAGGAGGAGAACCAGCUGCUCCGCGACGAGAUCCACGUGCUCCGCAAGAACCAGCAGCCCCGCGCCCAGCAGCGCAGGGCCCUGGAGGCCGCCGUGCAGGAGGCCCGCACCGAGCUGGACAGGGCCUGGAGGGAGAAGGACAAGGUGGAGCUGGAGAUGGAGAACCUGAGCGCCGAGCUCCAGUCGGUGGCCCAGCAGAGGCAGAGGGUGGCAUCGGCCCGCGCCCAGGCCCAGGGCAGGCUGUUGGAGAGCAGGAAGGAGAUGGAGGACGAGCGGCGCGCGCAGGCCUGGCUGAAGGACAAGGUGAGCCAGCUGGAGGGGGAGCUGGUCCUCCGUGAGCAGGUGCACCAGGAGGACAUGACAUGCCUGAAGGAGUCCAUGGCCCACGUGAGGCCCGUGCAGGCACCACCACUAGCAGCAGCGCUGCGCACAGACAUCAUGCAGGCCCAGAGCAGCAGAGUUCAAAGCCUGGGGCUCGAGUACUCGCAGAAGGCUGCCCAGGCGUGGAGGGAGGCAGCCGAGACGUACCAGAGGCAGGUGGACAGGAUGGAGGACUCAGUGGGUCAGGCAAAGGCCCGUCUUGUCCAGAUCACACAGGAGAGGACGGAGAAUCAGCUGAGGCUACAGGGCCUGGCGAAGGACCUGGAGGCGGUCCGCACCAAGAAGGAGAUGCUGGAGAGACAGGCGGGCCAGCAGCGGGACAGACACAGUCAGGAGGUCAACCAGAUGCAGGCCCACGUGGAGGCUUUGGAGGAAGAGAAGACCAAGAUCGGGCAGCAGAUUGAUGACCUCAUCAUUGAGAGCCGGACCCUGCUGAAGCUCAAGAUGUCUCUGGGGCUGGAGGUUGCCACUUACAGAACGUUACUGGAUGGCGAGGGCCUUCAAGUCAACGAAUUCCCCAGAAAUAGGCACAGCACCCAGACAGUCUCCUCCACAGAUGGGUUCCCGACCCUUCGAGAGCUGAAGCAUAACCUUCAGGAAACCCAAUUCUCCACUCCCGUGAGCAGACCCUCCACCACCACAGCUAUCAGAUCGAGCCUCCAAGUCAAAUCACAGCUGACGUCUUCCAGGCCUGCCGCCCCUGUCCUCAGCUUCACCUCCAUCAGCAACACUCCUGAGCACCAGCAGCAUGUGAUGGUGGAGAAGAAGAAUGAGGAGGAGGAGGAGGAGGAGGAGGAGAAGGAGCGUAAGUCGGAGGACUGGCCCCAGCCAAACAUAGGCGACUCACUGAAUGGGAGAGAUUCCGUGGAGCACUUCAGACCCGAGGAGCUUUACGAGGAGGUGACGUAUGCAUCAGCUAUCAGCAGCACCUCCGCAACAGCUAACGCCAUUCCCAUGGAAGAGUCCUUCGAGAGGGAGGUUGAUGAGGACAAGCCUGAAGUAGGUCAUUCAGCAGAAGCAUCUGAUAUGUUUGUGAAAGAAGUCAGUAUGAUGUGUGAUGCAAUGGUUCACUCGACAUUGCCCACCUGUGACACUAGUGAUCCACAGGACUUUGAUGCACAGCAAGUGGAUGUGCUAGACACCUCAGAAGGAAAAGAACCAAGCAUGGGAGAUAUAGGUAACCCUGAAAGUGACACGGCAGAUGACCUCACAGAGUGGAUGCAGUUACAACAGAAAUUUCAGGCAACAUGGGCAGAAAAAGACCCGUUCACAGACAGGGAGAAUACAGAGAAAACAGAUAAACAAACAGAAAUUUCUGAAACAGAUGAGGUCAACACAGAACACCGUGAUCUUGAUGUGAUGACAUGCAUGACUUACCAACCCAUUAAACCCUUGGAUCAUGCUGACACAAUAGACAAUGAUUUGGCAGAACCAGAGGAUAAGAAUGACUUCUUUGACUCCGAGAGAGACACAGACGUGAGUCAGACACUGUCAGGAGAGAAUGUAGUUGAUGAUGAAUGUGACCAAAUGAAUGCUUUAGAAUGUAAAGAACAGGACACUGAGAAUGUAUAUGAAGAUAAGGCCUUUGUAAAGCCAGAAGAGGUGGUAAAGAAUAGAGAGGUUGAGAAGGAUGAACCAAGAUUUACAGAGAGACAAGAUAAACUAUGCGCUGAAAGUGAAGGAACUGAAGAAAUCAUAGAGGAAAAGCAUGAAAGUGCAGAGCAAUAUCUCUCAACAGGAAGAGAUCUGGAAGAUGACUUGUUUUCAAUUCCACAUGCCAAUUUCAACAUUAAUCUUGAAGCAGAUACACUGCCCAUGAUUCAUGAACGAGAGCAAGUUGUUAACAGCCAGGAACAGCCUGUAUCUGAGGAUAGCUUCACCUGGAACAAAGAAAUGGAGGGCAAGGAAGGUGAUGAAGAUGGUAGCCAGGAAGAGCAAGAGGAAAAAAAUGGCGAGGACCUUGACGACUCGCCAAACGUGUCCAUGUCAUGGAGAACGGACCCAGGCGAGUUGGACAGCUACGCUCUGGACAACACGCUCGCCGACACUCGACCACUGAUCCGGUACAAGAGUGACGACACGGAUGUGAACACUCAGGCCUCGCACACGUUCGUGAGCGACUCCAGUGACAGCGAAGACGACCGGGAGGCUGGCCCGGGGCAGCACCGCGCCGUCACCAAGGCCAAGCGGUUUGACACCAUGGAGGACCUGUCUGAGGAGCCUGAGGUGGAGGCCAUGAAUGAGACAGAGCAUGGUAGUGACACCCCUCAGACUGUGGUGAGAGAUGUUCACUCAGAAAACCCUUACAUGCCUCUUCAAGAAGAACACGGUGAUGCAGAGAGUGAGACCAUUGCUGUUGAAACCAUCAGUGCCUUAGAUGAGGAGAGGAGUGAGAUGGCAGAGGAUCUUCUACAGAUUGAUGUCAAAGAGGUAGAUGAAACACAGAAAGACGUUGAGGAGACAAUGGAUGACAAGAAGGCACAAGAGGACACAAACGUUAUGCCUGAGGAAAAGGCUGAGAGCGAAACAAGCAUUUUACAGGAAGACUUCCCAGAGCAGACUAUGGAUAGCGUGAUGGACGUGCCCUAUCAAACCAAACGGCAUUUAAAUGAGCCCGCUGACACUGAAGAGCUUUUAAGUGCAGACGUUACCACUGAGUGUGUCAGUCAGCGAGAGCCAUAUGAAGACUGGCCAAAACCUGAAGACCAGACUACUCUAUUUUCCAUCUCAUCAAACCCACUUAAGAAAACUAAACAGCCCAACCUCACUGAAGAACUUUUAAAUGAAGACAUCAUUACCACUGAGCCUGGCAGUCAGAGAGAGACAAUUACUGAACAACAGCCAAAACCUGAAGACCAGAUAGCGCUGAUUCCCACCUCUUCAGAUCCACUGCAGCCAACUGAGCAGCCUUUAAACGAGCCCCAUCUCACUGAACAACUUUUAAAUGAGGAAACAACUACUGAAAACCAGCCUAAAGCUGACAAUGAGCCCUCUCUAUUUUCCACCUCAGCAGCAGCAGAGCCACUUGAGCAAAUUCCAACCACCCUAGCCACAGCACAGGAUGCAGUAGAGCUUUUACCAGAAUCCUCAGAGGAUAUUUCCACAGAAAGAUUAACAGUCAGUGGCAAAGUAUACAACAAAAACGAUGAAGAGGAAUUCUUCGUAUACAACAACGAUGAAGAAGAAAUCCAAGAACUGUCCAUGCUGACUCACACAGAUCUUGGAGACAAUCUCUCCCUGAGCAGCGAGCCCCCAAGCAGGCCCGAAAGCCAGCCCCACACUGCCAACUCUGACGACGAGGAAGAGGAAAAUGAAGAUGAAUCCCACUCGACUGAAGAAGAAUCACCCAAUGCCAGCCCAUGCUUAUCACCUAAUGCCUUCGCCAAGCUGUCCCAGGCACAUUCAAGACUCCAGGGAGCCUUUGAACAUUUUCCAGGAGACUCCACUGAAGUGUCUAGCGAUGUGUUACCCACAGCCUCUCAGGAAUCAUCAGAGUAUGCCAUGGAACAGGGCCAGUGGCAGGAGAGUGUGUCUGAGGUUGACACUGAGGUGGAAGCUGAUAUGAAAGAUGCGGCUGAUACCUUUAGUCCUCUGGAAGACAUUGAGCACCCAUCAUCCACAGAGGCCAAUGGCAAUCGGCCAUCUCAGAGCUUGGUGGACAUCAUCCAAGACGAGAACAUGGACGAGCCCCCAAAACGUAACAGGAAAGACAACGAUGAUCUCCACAGCUUCUUUAGCAGCAACAUGGAGGCAGACUUCUGGGGCUCCUCUCGACAGAUGGCCGCCACAUUCGAUCCAGACGAGAUUAACCGGGAGCAACACCAGCAGAGUGUCACCUUUCAAACCAGGGAGAGCCUGAGGCUUGGGAGGGAGGAGGAGGAGGAGGCCUGGGCAUCUCCAGAGGCGGCCGACGAGAGGGCAGAGAAAUACAGCAGCGUGCCUAAAUUGCCAUUAUUCGGGAUGGUGCAUCAGGAGGGAAAGUCCAAGGUGGAUGCCCUGCAGGGAAAAGGACAAAAGCAAGCCAAUGCAACACAGUCGGAUGACUCCGCUGAUGAAGGAGACACCUGGUCAUCUGGAGAGGAGUAGCUUUUAUUGACAAUUAUUAUGCUCAUUCAGAUAAUUACAAAACGUACCACCACCAGUGAAAAUAAAUCCAAAGCACUUUUUUACAUUUUUUUAAAUUAAUUAAUUUGAGUAAUUAAAAACUUCAACAUCACCUGGGAGACCAAAGCCAUUAAGCUGUGUAAUGCAAUGUAGUACCUCUUGCACUGUACACCAUAAGCAUGGUGUUGUAAUUAUCACCAAAACGAAAUUUCCAGGCAGUCUUUGGAUACCCACUCUGGUUUUAUUGUCUGGUUGCCUGGUUCUAAGACCGAACAAACCGGCCUAUUAAAUCCAGUCUUUAGCAGUGUUUCCCACAGACACAUUUCACCCACAGCACUGUUUUUACUUUUCAGGCAAGGAAAAGUUUGACAAUUUAAAGUUUAUGAAUGUGGUAUUUCAGAAUAUAACAUCCCUUGUUUUAUUGAAACAAAGAUGAUUUAUACAAGUGAUAUUGUCCAGAUAACCAUUGUCAUCAUGGCAUGGAAAGGUACCUAUUGCUACUGAAAUGUGGCUCAGAGAAUUAUUGCUUACAUGACUGAGGCUUUUUUAUUGCUGCAUAAUAUAUAUAAUUACUAACCCCAGACUCUCAGCAUACAAAUACAGUAUAUUCUACAGUAUAUUACAGCCAUAUUGGGCUAGUGCAGGAAUGUCAAACUCAAAUUCACAGGGGGUCAAAAAUAAAAUCUGCGAUGAAGUUGUGGGCCGAACUCAAUAUAUAUAUUUUUAAAUUGGUUAAAAUGGUGCAUGCUUGCACUUAACACUAAGGGCAAAAUGUCCAAAUGUAUGGUAUCUUAAAUGUACCUUUACCUUAUUAUCAUAAUGGCCUAUUCUCUUGUAUAAGAAAAAGGUAUUAUGUUGGCCUCUUCUCACUUAUAUUCCUAUGACAUACCAAAUCUAAUUAUCAAGUCAAGUACAAAUGGUGUAUGUGGGCUAACUUUUCUACACAUUUGAAAUAAUCCCGCAGGCCAAACAAAAAUGACCACGAGGGGCAGAUUUGGCCCCUGCCCCCUGGGCCUGAGUUUGACAUCCCUCUUGCUAGAGUAUUACCAGAACUUUUUAAGCAAGCCUCUUGUUCGGAUAUAUUUUGCAUAAUUACCCAACUCAUUUUCAAUAUCCAGUGAGGUGUGUUUCAACUUAUCAUAAGAAGCAAUAUGAAUUGUUUGACAUUGGACUCUUUCAAAUAAACAGACAAUU